AUGCACUUGCAGCGGCCAGGCUCCCGGUGUCCAAUCAGGGGGGCAGCACGGGCGUACCGAGGCGUCCACUCAGGGGCGAGACAGCAAUUGAGGAGACACAGGCACCUCCAACUUUGCGGACGUAAAGCAAAUGCCAUCCCCAAGCAGCCUAGUCAAAAUCUCGGGAGAAAGCCAUCAUUGGAUGAUUGUACCCAAAGAACUUGGCGAACUUUUGCUUCUUUCGAGCCAUCUUGCUAG